CUGCUUGAAUAUCCGCGUGGUUAUCUAAUGUAAUUUUAAUUAAGCACAAAUAUAUACUGACUAUAAUUUCACAACAUAAUUCAAAUUCAUUUUUGACAAACGUUCAUAAAAUAUUCCUUGAAUGUUAAAAAAUUUUUAAUAUGAAUACAGGAAAUAACUUGAAAUUUAUACUUCGAAAUUUAUACUUUUACAAAAAAAAUAUAAUUUUUAAUUAAUCUUUAAAUUUCAUUUAAUAAGAAAAGUGAUAAUGUGGGUAUUUGGUUAUGGUUCACUGAUAUGGAAAGCAGACUUUCCGUACGAAGAAAUUCUUGUUGGUCACAUCAAAGGAUACAUCAGAAGAUUUUAUCAAAAAAGUAUAGAUCAUAGAGGAAUACCUAGUAGACCUGGUCGUGUUGUAACAUUACUUAAUUCUGAUAAUCCUAAUGAUGAAGUAUGGGGUGUUGCUUAUAGAAUAUCACCUCAAAACAAAGAUAAAGUUGUAAAACACUUGGAUUACAGAGAAAAAGGAGGAUAUGAAAGAAAAAGUGUGCUCUUUUAUCCAUCUUAUUCAAUUAAAGAUACUGCAUCGUAUUCCUUAGCAAAUAAUAAAUUUCCAAGUGAUUUAGAAAAUGAAAAAUUAUUAUCAUCAGUUUCAGAAAACACACCAUUUUAUAUUACAAUUUACAUAGGUGGAGAAGAUAAUCCAAAUUAUGCAGGUGUAGAAGAUAUAUAUACAAUAGCAAAACAAAUAUUAGUAUCUCAUGGUCCUAGUGGAGCAAACACAGAAUAUUUAUAUAAUUUGGCAUCUGCAAUGAGACUAAUAGCACCAGGUAUAAAUGAUGAACAUUUAUAUGUAUUAGAAGCAACUGUGAAAACAUUAGAACAAGAAAAAAAUAUCAAAAUAAAAUUAAAUGAAAGUUUAUGUACUAGUGAAAAUGGAUAAGAAUUUUGUUUUAAUAAGUAUUUACAUAUCAAAGAUGAUUAUUGAUGAUAAUAAAAAAAUUGUAUUUAAAAUUCUAAAAAAUAAGAAAAU